AUACGAAGAGGAGGGGGGAGGUGGACUGCAGCUUUUAGAAACAGACACACUGAGAAGAGGGGUUUCAGUCUCAGCCCAAAGCUUCUAUCAGGCACAUCCCAUUCUUGAAGAGAGGGGGACCGAGAGACACUCGCCGUGUCCAUGUUUUUUCCUGUCAUCCCCGCACGAAUCUGACUGUACCCCUCAGACUUGACCAGAAACGAAUCUCCAUAUCGAGGAAUUUACUCUGCAGUUUCACAAGAGGACACUGGAGGAGACGCAGCCGCUAAUGCUUGUUCCCUUAAAUAUGUAGCUGACAAAUAUUAACUGAACGACUGAUUACGCUAACGUUCCUGCGUAAAACAUUUUUGAGACUAUAGUGCAGGACAUGAUCUGCACCUGACCAGCCUCGUGUCUUCAUUUAAUGGACUGAACAACAUGAGAUAAAGUUCGUCGCGCGCUGAAGAACUUCUUGUGUACACUGGCAUCGGAAGCCCUCUGCUUUGAACGGAUAGCGAUCUUUAUUAAUUCCCAUUAAAGCUACACAAUCAAGGCGCGACGGCGACCUCAGUCGAUUAUCUUUCCUUUCUUUGCUAUCCCAUGGAUAUUCACUGCAAAGCUGACCCCUUCUCGGCGAUGCACCGGCACGGCGGUGUGAACCAGCUAGGAGGGGUGUUUGUGAAUGGCAGACCCCUACCUGACGUGGUCAGGCAAAGAAUCGUGGAACUCGCGCAUCAAGGAGUCAGACCUUGUGACAUCUCAAGACAGCUACGGGUCAGCCAUGGCUGUGUCAGCAAAAUUCUAGGAAGAUAUUAUGAAACCGGCAGUAUUAAACCUGGAGUUAUUGGCGGCUCCAAACCAAAAGUGGCGACGCCCAAAGUUGUGGAUAAAAUCGCAGAAUACAAGCGGCAGAAUCCCACAAUGUUUGCCUGGGAGAUCAGAGACCGACUUCUCGCCGAGGGCGUGUGUGACAACGACACUGUACCAAGUGUUUCAUCUAUAAACAGGAUAAUUCGAACCAAAGUUCAGCAGCCUUUCCAUCCAUCUUCUGAUGGCACAGGAACGCCUCUCACCACAGGACACACCAUAGUGCCCAGCACAGCUUCCCCACCUGUGUCAAGUGCUUCCAAUGACCCUGUGGGGUCCUACUCUAUUAAUGGCAUCCUCGGAAUCCCUCGCUCCAACGGUGAAAAGCGAAAACGGGAUGAUGUUCUCUGGAGUGGCAACCACUUGGAUGGGAGGAAAAUAGGAUAUUAUGGUUCAGAUGGCUCUGGCCCAAACAGUGAUUCUCAGGGUAGUGUGGAGAGUUUACGGAAGCACCUGAGGGCUGAUGCCUUCACUCAACAGCAGCUGGAAGCUUUGGACCGGGUGUUUGAGCGGCCGUCAUACCCCGAUGUCUUCCCCACGUCAGAGCACAUCAAGCCAGAGCAGGCUAAUGAGUACUCACUACCAGCACUGAACCCUGGACUGGACGAAGUCAAGCCUAGUCUGUCAACCAGCGCCAGCUCAGAUUUGGGCUCCAGCGUGUCACAGAGCUACCCGGUAGUGACAGAGUCGCAUUCAUCGUCCAUGUGUGUUAAGCAGGAGCCGAACGAGGCUUCCAUGGCUCCUUUCACCCCUUCCUCACUGGCAGUCACGGGUCUAGCGGAACUGUUGCCCCUCCAGCCCAGCGUGUCAGUAGAUGCCUCCACCCCCUGCUACGGCGCUUAUGCCCAUCAUGCCCCCAGCUACGGCCAGUAUGCAAGCCAGCCUAUUAUAGCAGGUCGAGACAUGGCAAGCACAACCCUACCAGGGUACCCACCUCACGUUCCCCCCACAGGGCAGGGCAGCUACCCCACCUCUACACUUGCCGGAAUGGUCCCUGGAAGUGACUUUUCAGGAAAUCCCUACUCUCACCCACAGUACACAACUUACAAUGAAGCUUGGCGGUUCAGCAACCCCGCGUUAUUAAUGCCGCAUCCCGGGGCUCCGCCCCUCCCACUGCUGCCACUGCCUAUGACCGCCACUAGUUACCAUGGCAACCCAGUCAAACUGCAGGACCAUGGCCGCAGCCUCCAUAUCGUACCAGUCUGAAUGCCGUUAAGGUCAGAGGGAUUGAAGAUGGCUACACAUUCUUCAGAUUCAUGGGGCCGAGAUUGGAUUAGGAGGGUCAAGCAACAGCGGGUUUCCCCCCCAGACAUCAACCAUACCCCCCCCCCCCCCACACACACACACGCACACUACACGCACUCAACACUAAGGCCCUCAUUCUCUGAAUCACUGAGCAAUGACUGAACUUUUACCUGAAAGACUUUGAAAGAUUCUACAAAUAUAUAUAUAUAUAUUAUACAAGAUAUAAAACAAGUCAAACCGUGUGAAGAAUACAAAGUUACAAUUAAUGUGUUGCUGGUUUUUUUCUCUCUCUCUUUAAAUCAAUCAAUACAUUCCUUACUGUAUUUGUGUCUCUAACACAAGGUUGUCUGAGGCCUUUAAAAUAAUUUGCCCAUGUCCAACCAUUCCACUAGUGUCUUACCUCUCACGGACAAAACAGCAAAGUGUACGACACAGUUGAACAUAAAGAGAAUACUGCAGUAUAGAGUUUGCUCAAGUUUCUGUCAAACAGACAAGUCUUAGAGAAGCCAUCUCUGACACGUUUUAACAUUUUCUGUGAUACACAAUCAAAAUGGGGGAAAAGUAAAUAGAAAAAAGAAAUAUCAGGUCAUAGACACUGAAAAAGUUAACUGUUCUUGUACAUGACCUGAAAAUAAAUUUGCAUAUUAAAUUAUUGUUUUGGUUUAGCUAAUGGAUUGUGUGCGUGUGUGCAUUUGUGUGUGUCAUACAUUUUCGGGAUAUUUCAUUAUAUCAUGUGUAAUCUCCAAUAUCAUGAUCGGUGCCGCUCUCUUCUCUAUUUUGCACUAUUUUGCAUUACUGGAUUUACAAUAAGUACAGAUAAUUACAAUUGUCUUCUAAAGUCUGUCAGAUUAAAUGUUAUAUUUAAGAAAGAAGAGUAAGAAGGUCUACCCUAACUGACAAAGUAACAGCAGCAUUGGACAAAAAUACAUUUGCUGUUCAUUUGUUUUUAAACUAUACAUUAGAAACUAGUAUCUGUCUUGUUAUCCUUCAGUGUAAAUCAAAGGAUUCCUUUUUAAAUGUGUAACUGAGGCUACUCUGACUGGCACAGUACCAAAAUAAUCAUGAGUAGACAUCAACUGUACUACAACAAGUUCAACAAAUGCCUUACAGCUUUUUUUAUUUAUUAUUUUUUUAACUUUUGUCUAUGGUCCUGAGAGGUAGACAUGCAUGUAACCCUUCUGUGGUUGAACAAAAGUUUCUCUAAAUGCUAAGUGGGACUCUGAGGUUAGAACUGAAACCAUGCAUACACUCCUGGAAAUGUAAAACGAAUGUACUUUAUACCACGUUUGCCAAAGACUUAGUUUGAUAUUUAAUAUUUUAUUUGCUGUAUCUGUCAAUAAAACAGUAUUAUGUUUGAAUAGUAGUCAAUACUGAUUGUAUGUGGUAAUGUUGAACAAAAGGAAAAGAUCCAUCUUAGCCCCACAGCAAUGUACACAAAAAAAGGUGAAUUCUGUUACUUAAAGCUAUGUCAUUUGCAACAAUCUGCUGCUUUGUACAAUGAUGUGUAUAAUGUGAAAACAAUUCUUCUAUGUAUAUAAGAUCACCUACAUUUCACCAUUUCAGUAUCGUACUAAUUUACUGAUUCAUUUGUAGAUAUGAGAACUGAAAGAAAAAAAAUUGACAUUUCAUUUGUGUCUUCAACAUGUUGUGCUUUGCAGAGACGCACAACAAAAAAAGUUUGAAACCCGUCCUGUGUCAUUUGGGUGGGUUUCAAAUGCUAUCACCCCAUGUGCGGCUGUUUGUAUGUUUUGUUUUGGUUCAGUUUUCUUAACUUGUACAUAAUGUUUAAGUCUCUAUGCAAAUUAAGUAAAAUGGUAUUCUGUAUUCUCCUUUCUUGUUGCGUUCAAUUUUACCCUUAAAUUUAAAUGAUUCCUAAAUCCUGCCAGUAGCAAUUAACAAAUACAUUUCACAUGCCUGCAUGGUUUUGUGGAUUGUUUUUGUACUUUGAAACUUGCUGUACUUUUUAACAUACAGGUGAACAGAAGAAAAAAUGUUGGUCUUUUUUGUUUAUGUCAUUUUAUAAUUAAACUAUAGUCCCGCUUAGAAUGAAGAGAUUCUAACUCAAUCACCGCAAUUCACAUUUGUUUGUGGCUUGUUCUUCAUUCUAAAAGAAGCAAAAAGCAGUAGAGAACAAAGGGCAGAAGUGUUUCUCUCCUUUUUGUUAAAAUAAUGCAAAAUAUGUAUCACACAUAUAAUUUGUUACAAACAUAAAAAUAAUUUUUGAUGAAACUAUGUAACAAAAGCCACAUGGCCUCAGCCAUCACUUAUUUCCACCUCUGUCCAGUUCUCUCUCUCUCUCUCUCUCUCUCUCUCUCUCUCUCUCUCUCUCUCUCUCUCUCUCUCUCUCUCUCUCUCUCUCUCUCGCUCUCUCAUUUUUGGUAUGUCAGCCUUUGACCUUGGAGGUGAUUAUUAACCCUUUCAUGAGGGAGUCUUUGAAAGAUCAAGGAUACUCUGGGCUAGAAGAGAUACAGUUUGCAUGAAUAUAUCACAUCAGUUACUACAUGAAAUGACACAUUGUGAGAUUGUACUUAAGACAUAACAGAGAAGUGAGGCUGGAA